GCCAUGCGCGCUGUGUAUUUGCUUCGUUCCGCCGCUCCUCAGGGCCGGGCUCGGGAACGAACCUACGUGGGGUUCACGGUGGAUCCGAGGCGGCGGCUCCGGCAGCACAACGGGGGCAGGAGGAGAGGGGGAGCCCGCAGGACCAGCGGGAGAGGGCCCUGGGAAAUGGAACUUUUCGUCCACGGCUUCCCCUCCGACGUCGCCGCCCUCAGGUUUGAGUGGGCGUGGCAACAUCCAAACUCCUCCCGCCGCCUCCUGGCCCCUCCCCCGCGCCGGCCACGGGAACGACCAAUCAGCUUCGCCCUCCGGCUCCUGCCCCGCCUCCUUCGGGCCCCGCCCUGGUCCCGCCUCCCGCUCAGGGUGCGAUGGCUCCGCCCACCUCCCCCCAGCCUGGAUUUGGUUCCUCCCGAUCACGUGGUGCAGGAGGAAGGGGCGGAGCCACCGCGCCUUAAAAGGAAAAAGGGGCGGGGCCAAGAGGUGGAGGCAGGAAUGGAUGGGUGUGGUUUGUGCCGGGAGAUGCAGGCCACGCCUCUUUUGCGCUGUCCCCGCCCCCAAUGUUCCAUGGCCGCCCAUCCUCCCUGCCUGGCUCGCCUCUUCCUGGCCUCGGAACCACUGCAGCUGCUGCCAGUGGGGGGCACCUGUCCCAGAUGCCACACCCACCUCCUUUGGGGGGAUCUGAUUCGCCGCUGCCUGGGGGAGGUGGAACCGGAAGAGGAGUGGGCGGAGCCUGAUGAUGUCAUCAUCCCUAGCUCCGCCCCUACAUGAAGCCACACCCACACAUCUUCUUUAAUGAUUUUAAUUAUUUUUAAUAAAAUUUAUUUAUUUACAACAGAAUCAAUUCGUUCAGCGUUUUAUUCCGCUUUUAUUAGACCACACCCCCAUGAUGUCACUUCCGGGGUUUUUUGCCCCGCCCCCCAUUUGGACACCAUUUUGUGAGAUCUGACGCCAUCUUGAAAUUGAAAAAUUUCCAUUUUCUGUGAUUUUUUUUUUUUGCCAAAACAGUGGCGAAUUUUUGGCCCCUCCCCCAUUCAAAUUAAUUUUCUCCUCCCCCACCCAAAUUCUGAAGAUUUUCCUUAAAUUUUUUCCCCCAAAAUUCCAGGUUUUUAUGAAUUUUCAGAGGUUUUUUUUUUUUUCCAUUUUCACCCUGGUUUUUUCCUUCUCAAUUUCGUUUUUUAAAAAUUUUUUCUUCCCAAAUUUGACGGCUUUUUUUUUUUUUCUCUAUUUUAACCCCAUAACCUCAAUCUUUUUCCACAAAAAAAUUUAAUUUUUUUCAUAAAAAUCUUUUUUUCCCCGAUUUUCCCUUCCCCCAAGAAAUUGAAAAUUUUCUACCCAAAUUUUUUUUCUCUCCCAAUUUUACC